AUGUCAGUUCCAGUUCCAGUGCCUGGCCCUCCAGGGUUGCCCCUGAUAGGCAACCUCAAGGAUCUUGACGCCACUGAUGGGACGGCCAGCCUUUCUCGAUUGGCGGAUACAUAUGGGCCAAUCUUCAAGCUCAAUCUUGGAGGGGUGGACAGGCUCUUCAUCUCAACACGCGAGCUCAUGAACGAGGUCUGCGACGAGAAACGCUUUUCAAAAGCGCUAUCAAGUCCAUUGGAACAGAUUCGGAAUGGAAUCGAAGAUGGGUUGUUCACAGCAUACCCGGGAGAACACAAUUGGGAGAUUGCACACAGAGUUCUCAUGCCAGCAUUUGGACCGAUAUCGAUCAAGGGGAUGUUCGACGAAAUGCAUGAUAUCGCUUCGCAGCUCGUGAUAAAGUGGGCGAGGUUUGGCCCGAAGGAGAAGAUCAAUGUCACGGACGAUUUUACGAGGUUGACAUUGGAUUCGAUUGCUUUGUGUGCAAUGGAUACUCGAUUCAACAGCUUCUACCACGAGGAUAUGCACCCCUUUGUCGAUGCCAUGGUAGGGUUGCUCCAAGAAUCUGGGGCCAGGGCACGAAGACCAGCUGUUGCAACCUACUUUAUGCGCUCAGCCCAACAGAAAUACGACUCAGACAUUGCUCUGCUGAGGCAGGUUGCAAAGGAGGUGGUGGCGGAACGAAAGGCCAAUCCAAGCGACAAAAAGGACCUCCUCAAUGCCAUGAUCAAUGGCAGAGACCCAAAGACUGGCGAAGGUCUGACCGAUGCGAGUGUGUUGAAUAAUAUGAUUACAUUCUUGAUUGCUGGUCAUGAAACCACCAGUGGCCUUCUCUCAUUCUUGUUCUACAAUCUGCUCAAGAAUCCCGCGGCAUACCAGGCGGCGCAGAAGCAAGUUGACGAAGUUGUUGGCCGCGGACCAAUCAAAGUCGAUCACAUGUCAAAAUUACCAUACAUCGAAGCAUGCCUUCGGGAAACGCUGAGAUUGACACCAACUGCACCAGCGAUCACCCUCCAAGCUCUGCCGGAUUCCGCAGGCGACAAGAUAAGUCUUGCGGGAGGGAAAUAUGAGAUCAAGGCAGGACAGCCAAUCACAUGUCUUCUUCCUAAAAUCCACCGAGAUCCCGCAGUCUACGGAGACGAUGCCGAGUCUUUUAUACCGGAGAGGAUGCUUGACGAGCCAUUCAGCAAACUUCCAAACAACAGCUGGAAACCGUUUGGCAAUGGGAUGAGAGGUUGUAUAGGUCGUCCAUUUGCCUGGCAGGAAGCAAUUCUCACCACGGCCAUGCUGUUGCAGAAUUUCAACUUCAGAUUCGAUGAUCCAAGCUACCAGCUCCAUAUCAAGCAGACUUUGACAAUUAAACCGAAAGGCUUCUUCAUGCAUGCGACGUUACGAGAACAUGUUGACCCGGUCUACCUGGAAAAGUUGCUUCAUGUAGACUCAUCAAAGGAAGGUCAAUGGACAGAGAAAGAAAGGAAGAUCGAGUCAACAGUGAACCUCGGCGAGGUCAAAAAGCCCAUGCAUAUCCUAUACGGCUCAAACUCCGGUACCUGUGAGGCUUUGGCACAGAGCCUAGCAAGAGUUGCUUCUGGUAGGGGGUUCCACGCUCAAGUCGAACCCUUGGACUCGGCUGUUGGAAUGGUACCAAAGGAUCAGCCCGUUGUGAUGAUUGCUUCCAGCUACGAAGGCCAGCCUCCAGAUAACGCCGCACACUUCUUCGAAUGGCUUCAAAAUCUGAAAGGCGAAGACGAAUUGGAAGGGGUAAAGUAUGCCACCUAUGGCUGCGGAAAUCAUGAUUGGGUUUCCACAUUCCAUCGGGUCCCGAAACUUCUUCACUCGGGAUUUGAGAGUCACGGCGCCACACAGAUCGCAGACCUCGGCCUUGGAGAUGUAGCAGCAGGCGAUAUCUUCAAUGGCUUUGACAAAUGGCAAGAUGAGCAGCUCUGGCCAGCUCUUGGAGGCAAGGGCGAUGCAGAAGACGAGUCUGGAAUCGAGAUCGAGGUAGAUACCGAUUCACGACGCUCCAGGCUUCGUCAAGACGUCAAGGAGGCUGUUGUUGUCAGCAACCAAGUGUUGACAGCUGGGGGGGUACCGGAGAAACGCCACAUUGUCCUACAGCUCCCUAGCGGAAUGACUUAUAAAGCAGGGGACUACUUGGCAGUUCUUCCGAUUAACAACCAAAAGAACAUACGACGGGUUUUGAAGUGGGCGAACUUGCCGUGGGAUGCGGUAUUGACAAUCAAGACGGGGGCGAAUACAACCCUACCUACUGGACAUCCGAUUUCUGCAAUGGAUGUUCUGGGUGCUUAUGUUGAACUGAGCCAGCCAGCAACUCGGAAGAACGUUGCAAGAAUUGCAGCAAGUGCGGCCGACGAAUCUGUUCGGUCCCAAAUCAUGGCUCUGGCGGGCAAAGACUUCGAAAAGGAAAUCUUAGCCAAACGCCGCUCACCUCUGGAUAUUUUGGAAGAAUACCCAUCAGCUACCCUGCCACUCGGAGACUUUCUCGCGAUGCUUCCACCAAUGCGGAUCCGUCAAUACUCCAUCUCCUCUUCUCCUCUUGCCGAUCCGACAAUCGCUACCUUGACUUGGGCCGUCCUUGAUACCCCCUCAAAAGUCGCCGAUUCGAAACGCUAUCUUGGUGUGGCAUCAAACUACCUCUCUAGUGUGGAAGAGGGAGACAGAAUCCAUGUGGCCGUAAAACCCUCUCACGGUACCUUCCAUCCCCCGAACGAUAUUGAAAACACUCCAGUGAUCAUGUUCUGCGCUGGUACUGGGCUAGCGCCCUUCCGUGGCUUCAUUCAAGAACGUGCCAUGCAAAUCCAAGCCGGGAGAAAUUUAGCUCCCGCCUAUCUCUUUAUCGGCUGUGUUCAUCCAGAGAAGGACGCCUUGUUCAAGGACGAGUUGGCGCAAUGGGAGAAGGACGGCAUUGUGCAGCUCUUCUACGCAUACUCCAAAGCCAGUGAUUUGAGCAAGGGUUGUAGACACGUUCAAGACCGGCUUUGGGCCGAAAAAGAGUCAAUGGUGGAGGUCUUCAACAAAGGUGCGAAGCUUUAUGUCUGCGGAUCGAGUAUGGUCGGUGAGGGGGUGGCCAGUAUGACGAAACGUAUCUACCAAGACUCCGUCGAAGCAAACGGUGGUUCGAAAAGUGACGAAGAAGUUGAGGGUUGGUUCCAGAGUAUCAAGGGCGAGCGUUAUGCUUCAGAUGUUUUUGUUUGA